AUUAAAGGUAAAUAACUCUACAUUUCAAGGAAAAAAUACGGAAUGAGCAAUAUUGUCAUGAAAUAGAAUGUCAAGGUGUAGUAUGGAGACUAAAAAUAUGCAUCAGUUAAAGUAAAACAGAUUAUGUCAUCAAGAUUUACAGAAUUGUACAAAAAGAAACGAGGAAAGAAAUCUAAACAUUUGGAGGAUUCCAUAUCCAACGAUGAGAAACAUAACAAAGGAACAGUAAAGAAAAGCAAAAAAAUUCAAAGUUGUGGUAAAACCUUAAAAGGACAGAUUGAAAAGAAGCAUGAGAAUCUUUCCCUAGAUCAUUCAAAAUUGUCUGAGAAAAAACAAAAAACACAAAAGAAAAAGAAAACGUCUGAGACUGGAAUUAAAAAGUCAUUUAAUGAUUUAAAAGCUGAAGCUGCACCCCGUUCAAAGAAAAAGUUGAAAACUGAGUCAAGAAGUUCAUGUUGUAAUUCUAAAGUGAAGACUGAAGCUGCUUCUUUUUCAAGAAUUAGUAGGAAAGAAAACCAGAUACACAAAACUGACAAGAAAUGUAAAGAAUGUCAAACUUUUGUACAGAAAAGUAAGACUGGAAAAGCAGAAUUCAGGAAAACAAAACAAUCAUCAAGAUGGAAAACAAAACAUAAGCAAAAUACAAAUAAUAUGGCAUCCUGUAGUUCAAGUUGUGAGGGUUCCACUUAUUUUUCUGAAAAUUCUCUCAUUACUCCUCGAGGUUCAUCACAAAACAAACAUCAGAAUAACCACAGAAGCUGUUCCACAAAACUUCCAGGAGAUGAAAGUAGAGAAAAACAAGUCAUACCUGAGCUUCCUGGAUUUUAUUAUGAUAAAGAAAAGAAGAAAUAUUUUAAAAUUUUGCCAAACAAUAGUUGCAUUGGCAAAGCAGUUACCAAGGAGGCCAUUAAAAUGAAAGAAAAAGAAGAAGCAAGAAAAUCUGAUUUGCUGAAUCUGGUAAAACCUAGGACAGAAACUCCAAGAAGACAUCAGCUCUCUGUCUAUGAUAAUUGUCUUCCUUGUGUGACCUGUAAUUUUCAGCAAGGUCUUUUAUCAAGGAGGCAGUUGGAUCACACUAUACAUAAAAUUAGGUUAAAGAAUUUGAAUACAACCCCACAAACUAGAAUUCAGAUCUAUUCAGAUAUAAGAAGAGAUUGGCUUGAAAGACUUGAGAAUGCCACACAGCUUGAAAUGAUUGAUAAUAAACAUAUCAUUGGAUUAUUUUCACUAAAAGACUCCAUGAUCCAGAGAAUUCUGUGGUUAAAAUUAUCAGAUAAACCCAGUUCUAGGCAAAAGGACAGAUUGUCCUUAUCAAUAGAUCCAUUUCCUAGUUGUCGUUACUACCAGUCAGCUGUCAAAAUCUCAAGUAUGAGUCUCAUUGACAAAGACAGUGUGUUAUAUACAGGAAUGGUUUAUACUGGUACCCCAGAAAGUUUAGUCUUUAUCAAAGGGUUUGGUGAGGGCUCCAGUAGAUAUGAAGUAUAUUCCCUUGGCCAAAAAGCAACAUGGACUUGUGCCUGGAACAAACAUGCAAACCAAUUUAGUGUUGGGAGUGAGAAAUGUGGAUUACUAUUAGAUGUCCAAACCAGGAGACUUUGGGAAAUAAAUACUCACAAUAGUGAUGUACUUUGUCAAGUUUUCUCAAAACAGAAUGGGAACUGUUUGUAUAGUGGUACAAGGAACAGUCAGAUUUUCACCCAUGACCUACGAAGUAUAUCAACGUAUGCUGUCAACCAGCUGACUCAAUCUUCUAGUGUCUGUGGAUUACAGUUACUACAAAAUGAUGUCCAUCUAUUGGCCAGUGAUGUGAAAGGACAGAUAAACCUAUGGGAUUUAAGAACUAGAAAGGUUGUAACAGAGUAUUUAGGAAUAAAAAAUGAAUACUUAAGGAUACCUAUACAUGUUGACCAGUCUGAAGAAAUUGUUUAUGGAGUUGACCAAGAAGGAUAUACAAGAUUAUGGUGUUUACAGACCGGUGAACUCUUGAAGACUAUUCCUCCUCCAAUGGCAACAAGUUAUGAUUUCUUCCCAUCUGUGUUAUACUCAAAGACAUGGAAUGAUAGACAGGGAAAUACUGGAUUAUUAAUGGGACUUGGAGAUAAAGUUUAUGUUUACUCAGAUUAUACCGAAAUGGCUUUAAAUGACUGUUAAAGAGAUAGUGUGUGUACCGGUAUGCCUUGAUUUUCUGGUCCUAAGUAUACAUUUUUGUCAAAGGGAUUGAAGAAUAGACUGAAUGUUUUCUGGUUUUCAUUCAUCCAAGAUUAGAGUGUGACCUUGAGGGUAUAGCAUUUGCAGAUAAUCAUGUAAUUGAUAAACACGAUUUUGAAAACACUCAGUAAAAGUUAUUUAAAUUUACAGCUGAUAAAUGUUUUUAUAAAUCGUCUAAGUACUUAUUGUCUCAGACAACCAUUAUACAUUUUACUUUUUUUUCUUUCCUUUGUAAACAAGAAGUUUUAAAUAAAAGAUAAGAAAUAUA